UUCGGCAAUCACGUGACCUCUUCUUCACCCAGGACGUGGCGAUCGGGUGCUACGUCGAAUUCUAGUCCAUACAAACUAUAAUUAUUUUAACUUAGUGGGACAGACAGGCGUCGAUCUAAACUUUUAGAUAGUGGAGACGCCAAGUAAAAGUCAUGGGGAUCAAGUUUUUGGAGUUUGUAAAACCGUUUUGUGCGGUUUUACCUGAAGUUUCUAAACCAGACAGGAAGAUUCAAUUUCGAGAAAAGAUAUUAUGGACAGCUAUUACUCUGUUUAUUUUCUUAGUCUGUUGCCAGAUUCCAUUAUUUGGUAUCAUGUCUUCCGAUUCAGCUGAUCCUUUUUAUUGGAUUCGUGUUAUUUUGGCCAGUAACAGAGGUACAUUGAUGGAGUUGGGUAUUUCACCCAUUGUAACAUCCGGUUUAAUUAUGCAACUGUUAGCGGGAGCUAAAAUUAUAGAAGUCGGUGAUACUCCAAAAGAUAGAGCUCUUUUUAAUGGUGCUCAGAAAUUAUUUGGUAUGGUAAUUACUGUUGGUCAGGCUAUAGUAUAUGUAAUGACAGGAAUGUAUGGUGAUCCUGGUGAUAUCGGAGCUGGUGUCUGUCUUCUUAUUAUUAUACAAUUAUUUGUUGCUGGUCUAAUUGUAUUAUUAUUAGAUGAAUUAUUACAAAAAGGUUAUGGUUUAGGUUCAGGUAUAUCGUUGUUUAUUACGACUAAUAUCUGUGAAACUAUUGUAUGGAAGGCUUUCAGUCCUGCUACAGUCAACACUGGUAGAGGAACUGAAUUUGAAGGAGCUAUUAUUGCUCUCUUCCAUCUCCUAGCAACCAGAAGUGAUAAAGUACGAGGUUUACGAGAAGCUUUUUAUCGUCAAAAUCUACCCAAUUUAAUGAAUUUGACAGCUACAGUUUUUGUGUUUGGAAUUGUCAUUUAUUUCCAGGGAUUCCGAGUGGAUCUACCAAUCAAAUCAGCUCGUUACAGAGGUCAAUUUACGUCAUACCCUAUAAAAUUAUUUUAUACCUCUAACAUUCCCAUCAUUCUGCAGUCAGCUCUAGUAUCUAACUUGUACGUUAUUUCGCAGAUGUUAGCUACCAAGUUUGGUGGAAAUUUCUUUGUGAAUUUACUAGGUGUCUGGGCUGAUGUUGGAGGUGGUGGCCCUGCUAGAUCUUAUCCAGUCAGUGGAUUGUGUUAUUAUAUGUCUCCGCCGGAGACGUUAUCACAUGUUGCCGAAGAUCCUAUUCAUGCUGUCCUAUAUAUUAUAUUUAUGUUAGGAUCAUGUGCUUUCUUCUCUAAGACAUGGAUUGAUGUAUCAGGUUCUAGUGCCAAGGAUGUUGCCAAGCAAUUGAAAGAACAGCAGAUGGUAAUGAGAGGUCAUCGUGAUAGAUCUAUGAUUAAAGAAUUAAAUCGUUACAUCCCAACAGCUGCUGCUUUCGGUGGUUUAUGUAUUGGAGCUCUCUCUGUAAUGGCUGACUUUAUGGGUGCUAUUGGAAGUGGAACUGGUAUUCUAUUGGCUGUUACAAACAUCUAUCAAUAUUUUGAAAUCUUCGUCAAGGAACAGAGCGAGAUGGGUGGAAUGGGAAUGUUAUUAUUUUAAAUUUAUCUUUAGACGUCCAGAUUCAUUGUUCAUUAAGUUAUCCCCACUUCUAGGUCAUUGGACAAUUGCUUUUAAUAAAUUAAAAAACCAGGGAUAAGGAAUAGAACAUUAUGAAAGGACCGGUUGGGGAAUUUCAAGAAGGAAGGGUUGAUUAACCAAUGAAGACACCAUCAACCAGUUUGAAUCGGCAAUGAUGUAAACAAUUUGUUUUGAAAGAUGUGUAAAGUUGAUGUUCAUUAUUUGCUUGUUGAGGCAGAUAAGAAGAUAUUAUUUGUUAUGAAAGUCAGAAAGGAACUCAUAAAGAAUUUAAUCUUCAGCUCAUAACAAUUCUCAAAAAAAACGAAAAAAAGUUAAAAAGAUUGAAUGAACUAUUCAUCUACCCUUGUGUUACAAUUGAAAUUAUUGAAGAGUUAUUCCCCUUGGAUGUAUUCAGUUUGAAUGCUAGUAUGAGUUUUCAUUGUUUUGCAUAAUUCAAUAUUUUACUUGUCAUUACAAAUUGAGUUUAUUGUACAUAAGAGUAGCGAAAUAUGAACAGAGAGUUAACUAUUUAUUUCCUAUACAAUGGGGAAUAAUUCUUCAAGACAUAGUUAGAUUUAUUAGAUGUAUAUGGUUAGGGGUUUGUAAAAAGAUGUUUUGUUAUAAAGACUAUAAUAUGUUAGCUUUAAAUGUCACAGAAACAUUCAACGAUAUAAAAACUUAUUACAGAAAAAUGUACUUCUGAUUUCUGAUUUAUUUCAAAUUGUUUUGUUCAUUAUUUCAAAAGUGUAAAUUUGGUCAGUUUUUAAAUUCAAUUUUAAGAAGUAUUAAUUUUGACUUGAAUGUCUCAGUCGUUUCCUUAAAUCAUCAAUCAUUUAUAUACAUGUGAAUCAAAUACAAAGAGAUUUGAAAAGAAAAAAAAACCUAAAAUAAAAAUUAUUUAUAAAAAAAUA